AUGUGCGUUGUCAAACUGAGACUGUGCCUGCCUAUCCACAACGUUAUCCAGACAGCUCCCUUCCCGUUCGAGCUGCUCAUAACUUGGAAGCACCUGAAUCAUGUGUCCAAAUUCGAAAUAACUCCCAAGUGCAGCUCACACUUCGCAGAGCUGAGCGAUUUGGAGAUGAUCGGAAAGCACAACUUGGAAGAUUUUUUAAGCAAUGAGGACCACAGUCGGCGCCAUAGAGUCCCCAUGCUGUGGUUCCACGAUUGUGCAGCGGCCUAUUCGCCGUGA